UUCCAUGCUCAGACAGAAACCAAAAUUCACUGAAGAAAAAGCUCAGACACCCAUGGAGAGGUUGAUCAUGGAGAGUUUCUGGAGGAAACUAGGUUUAGCGGUGACGUUGAUUGUGACGGUGACACUGACGACUUUGGCGGAGCCUGCCGGUGGAGAGCUUCACAAGGUCGGAGGCAGGUCCGGUUGGAUCGAGCACGCUAACUACACUGAAUGGUCCAGUCGCGAGAGCUUCUUGGUCAGAGAUUGGCUCUACUUCGUCUUCAAUAAGCAAAUGUACGAUGUGCUAGAAGUGAAUGAGACGAGCUACGAGACCUGUAAUAGCCAGGGCUUCAUCUCCAACGUCACGCGCGGGGGACGAGAUGUGUUCCAACUCAAGGAAGCCAAGACUUACUACUUCAUAUGUAGCCGAGGCUAUUGCUGGGGCGGCAUGAAACUCACGGUCAACGUCGUGGUUGCCUCGCCGGCGCCAGCUCCAUCUCCAUCCCGGGCGGCCCCUCUGUCAGUGAUUAGCUCGUCGCUCGCGAUUUUGCUUUUGAUUGUAACCGGCUUGUUGAGCCUCAAACCGCCUGAGAUGUUUGAAGGCUCUGGAUAUUUAGUCAUUUAGGAAAUUUCAAACCCUAUGUUAAGUUUCUCGAUCUUGAGAAAUAAGUUCGUGGAAAACUAAAACCUGGUGACGAUGCCGCUUUGUUAAAAUGUUGACAUUGACGAUGCUGCAAAACCAUGUGGGCUUCUACGUUUCACAUCUGUAUGGAUUCCGAAUACUUCCUCAUUGAGAUGAUAGCCCUUCGUGCAGGGCAGCAAAGACAGACCUAAAACUUAAUUCUCUUACCUGGGACAUUUGCAUAUCAUAUUUUAAGACUUGUCUAAAAAGGACAAACAGAUUUUGAAGCCAUCGAAUCGAAUGACGCAAAUCAAGUCAUAAAACUUAUUCACCUAGUGCAAUCAACGAUGUCUGUUAGCCCCGUUCGAUUCGAACGAAGGG